CUUGCCCGCCGUGGAUGCGUCAUCCACAACUACCCUGAGAAUGUCCUCGUGCCUGGCGAAAAACGCAGCACACUCCUCAGGAGCAAGGGGAUCCACGAUCUCACCCUUCCCAGCCGGGCCAUACUCGCGGACGCCCUCAAAAACAAUUUACUCACCGUGCAACACAUCACCGCUGAAAAAACCUGCCAAAGACUACUGGCUUCCCAUGAGCCCAUCAUUUUGGGCGAAGCGCCUGCACCUGAAUCACCCCAUACUCGUGGUCGGCGCAUUUUCGUUGACGGUAGGAUUGACCGUAAGGGUCUUCGUCGUCAA